UUCUGCUGUCCCCCGCCCCGCUACCAGGAUAAAAGCUGGCUGUCUUGGGGCUGAGGGAGAUGCGGGUGCUGAGCAGGAUGCAGGGCCGCGUGGCAGGGAGCUGCGCUCCUCUGGGCCUGCUCCUGGUCUGUCUUCAUCUCCCAGGCCUCUUUGCCCGGAGCAUCGGUGUCAUGGAGGAGAAAGUUUCCCAAAACUUGGGGACCAGCUUGCCUCGGGUUGGACAGCCUUCCUUGACAGGCCCCUUUAACUCUGAACAUCCUCAGCCCUCCCUGGACCCUAGGUCUAAUGAUUUGGCAAGGGUUCCUCUGAAGCUCAGUGCACCUCCACCUGAUGGCUUGUCCCCUGCAGGAGGUUCUGGGGUGCAGAGGUGGCCUCCAUCCCGGGGGCUGCCUGCCGUGGAUUCCUGGCCCCCCGAGGAUCCUUGGAAGAUGAUGGCUGCUGUAGCUGAGGAUCACCUAGGGGGAGUGAUGCCUGAAGAACUCUCUUACCUGUCCAAUGCCGCGGCCCUCCCUCCAGGCAGUGACCCUUUGCCUGGGGAGUCCUCUGCCGACCCCACUGACCCCUCGUCCAAGGCUUUAGUCCUCUACCACGACUUGGAGUCCAGACGACUGCCCCCUUCUAAUCCGCUGGGAGCCAGGGGAAAAAUCCUUUCCCAACACCCUUUCUGGUCUCUUAUCCACAGGCUUCUGCCUGGUCACCCCUGGGGGACCCUGAAUCCCAGUGUGUCCUGGGGAGGUGGAGGCCCUGGGACUGGUUGGGGAAUGAGGCCCAUGCCAUACCCUGGGGGAAUCUGGGGCAUCAAUAAUCAACCCCCAGGUACCAGCUGGGGAAAUACCAAUCGAUAUCCAGGAGGCAGCUGGGGGAAUAUGAAUCGGUAUCCAGGAGGCAGCUGGGGAAGUAUUCAUCUAUACCCAGGUAUCAAUCAUCCAUUUCCUCCCGGAGUUCUCCAGCCUCCUGGCUCUUCUUGGAACAUCCCAGCCAGCUUCCCUAAUCCUGCACGCCCUGGGUUGCAGUGGGGCUAGAGCACGACAGAGGGAAACCCAACACUGGGAGUUAGAGAAGGAAGUCCUGCUCCCGCCCCUGUUGUGUGGGCUCAAUCCAGGCCCUGUCAGCGUGUUUCCAGCAUAAUCCCCACUUUUCACUGCCUCCCCUGCUCAUCUCCAAUAAAAUAAAAGCACUUAUGGAA